AGAGAGAGAGAGAGAGAGAGAUGAGAAAAGGGGGAGAACCGAAAUUUGAACGGCGAACUCGUACAAAAGAGUCGUUUUGAGGAAUAAAUGAACAUGGACGACCAAGUAACAAAUUUCUCUGGAAGCUGGAGGAUGAAAAGCUCAGAAAACUUCGAGGAGCUGCUCAAAGCGCUUGGUGUAAAUGUCUUUUUGAGGAAAAUCGCUGUAGCGGCAGCAUCCAGGCCCUCAGUUGAGAUCGAGCAGCAGGGAGAGACUCUGUCCAUACAGACAUCCACCAGUGUUCGCACUACUCAUGUGUCCUUCACCGUGGGCCAAAUCUUCAACGAGACCACUGUAGAUGGACGACCAUGCACAAGUUUUCCAAAAUGGGACACUGACAGAAAGAUCAGCUGUGAGCAGACACUGCUGAAAGGCGAGGGACCUCAGACAUCCUGGACUCGUGAGCUGAACGAUAACGGGGAGCUCAUACUAACUAUGAGCGCUGGAGAUGUUGUGUGUACCCGUGUCUAUGCGCGAGAAUGAGGACUCUCACAUUUUUGGUCUCCUUCAAAACUUCAGUUCAUCAUUUAUACUGUGGUACAAUGAACUUGAAAACAUCAACUGCGUUUAUCUUUUAUGUUUUUACUAUCUACUAUCACUGCGAUCAAUCUUUUGAUAUGUCUUCAUUUAUUACUGUGUGUACAGCACCGUGGAAAAGUAUUUGCCCUUUACAGAUUUCUUCUUUCUUUGCAUAUUUGUCACACUUAAUUGUUUCAGAUCCUCAUUUAAACAUAAUCAAAAGAAUCUAAACACUACUUCAGUAGAACCUUUCCAGCAAUGUGAAGUAGGCUAAGAGGUCCCAACAAGCAGCACACUACAUGGCAAUCAAAAGAUAUUCCGGGGGAGAUGAGAAAGAAAGUUAUUGAAAGGGUUACAAAGCCAUUUCUAAGGCUCUGGGACCCCAGCAAACCACAGUGAGAGCCAUUAUCUCCAAAUGGAAAAAACGAAGAACAGUGGUGAAUCUUCCCAGGAGUAGUCUACUAAAAUUCCUCCAAGAGUGCAUAACUGACUCAUCAAGAAAGUCACAAAAGAGACCCAGAUGAACAUCUAAAGAACUGCAGGACUUGUUCUGCACAGGUACGGUCAGUAUUCAUGAUUCUAACAUUAGAAAAAACAAGAGGCAAAAACGGUAUCCAUGGGAGAGUUGCAAGGCAAAAAAACCCCACUGCUAACCAAGCGGAACAUAAAGGCUUGUGUUACACAUUUAAAAGCAAAACAAACCCCCAAGCCUCUUGCAAUAAUGUUCAAGUGAACCUUUUGGAAGACAUGGGUCCUGUUACAUCUUGCAUAAAGCUAAAACAGCACUCCACAAUAAGGACAUCACUCCAACAGUGAAACGUGGUGGGGGUAGUGUAAUGGUGUGGGGAUACUUUGCUGCUACAGGGCUUGGAAGACUUACCAUAAUUGAUUGAUAAUUGAUUGAACCAUGAAUUCUUCUCACUACAAGAAAAUCCUGAAGGAAAAUAUCUGCUCAUCAGUCUGUGAUCUGAAGCUCAAGCGCAGUUGAAUUAUGCAGCAAGACAAUGAUCAUAAGAGCAAGACCUAAAUGGUAAAUGGCACACUUAUAUAGCACUUUUAUAACACUGUGUCUCAUUCACCCCUUCACACACACACACCAAUGUUAGCAGAGCUGCCAUGCAAGGUGCUAACUUGCCAUUGGGAGCAACUUGGGGUUCAGCAUCUUGCCCAAGGACACUUCGACAUGUGGAGUCACGCAGGCUGGGAAUCGAACCACCAACCCUACGAUUAGUGGACAACCCACGCUACCAACUGAGCCACAGUCGCCCAAGUCCUCUGAAUAGCCCAAAAGAAACAAAAUGAAAAUGGUUUUGGAGUGGCUUAGUACAAGUCCUGAAUCCCGUUGAGAUUUAAACUUUAAACGGGAAGUUCAAAAGCUCUCUAAUGUGGCUGAGUUAAAGCAGUUCCUCCAUUACGAUGUGAAAGACUGAUCUCCAGUUAUCCGACGCAUUUGUUUGCAGUUGCUGCUGCUAAAGGUGACACAAACAGAUGUUACAUUGACUUUUUCAGUUGGGUGAUAUAGGUGAUGCAUAACUGUUUUGUGUUUCCUCAUGUUCUUCUUCUCUUAUAUUACAUUUUGUAUGAGGAUCUAAAGUGAGACAAAUAUGCAAAAAUAUAAAAAGCACUGUAUGUGAGAUGAAAGUGUGUGUGUGUGUACACUUUAAGCCCUUUAUUUUGACCAGCUCAUGACAGAAAAUCUGCAUGUCUUAUUGUCUUAUGCUUAUAAUCAAUAAAAACAUUAUUGAAAAUACA